UUUGGGGCUGUGCCUUGUGACAGGGCCUCAGCCCUGGAGGCCACAAUGAGGUUCAGGGUUUUAGAAGGAAUUUGGGGUGUUUGGGGCUUUGCCCUGAAUGAGCAGGGGCAGAGUUUUGAGUUUAUUUGAGGAGCUUUGGGGUCUUUGGGGCUACAGCCCCAGGGACAGAGACAGAUACUGGGGGGCUUUAUCUGAGGGGUGUUUGUGGGACCAGCCCUGAGCACAGACACAGAGAUUUGGGAUAUUUGAGGAGGAUUUAGGUUGUUUGGGGGCACAGCCCCAGGGACACACAGAGUUUGGGGUAUUUCAGGGGAUUUGGGGGCAGAGCCCUGGGUACACACACAGAGAUUCAGGGUGUUUAUUUGGUAUUUUGGGGGACACAGCCCCAGAAGUUUGACAUGUUUGAGGAAGAUUUAGGAUGCUUGUGGGCACAGACACAGAGGUUCACCAGUUUCUCGGGGGGUUCUGGGGCCGUUUAGGGCUCCCCACGGGGGGUUCUGGACCAUUUGGGGCUCACCACGGCGCUGUCCGGCGCAGGAGGGUCGCGAUGGUGAAGCUGUUCAUCGGGAACCUGCCGCGGGAGGCGACGGAGCAGGAGAUCCGCUCCCUGUUCGAGCAGUACGGGAAGGUGCUGGAGUGCGACAUCAUCAAGAACUACGGCUUCGUGCACAUCGAGGACAAGACGGCGGCCGAGGACGCCAUCCGCAACCUGCACCACCACAAGCUGCACGGCGUCUGCAUCAACGUGGAGGCCAGCAAGAACAAGAGCAAAGCCUCCACCAAGCUGCACGUGGGCAACAUCAGCCCCACCUGCACCAACCUGGAGCUGCGCGCCAAAUUCGAGGAGUACGGCCCCGUCAUCGAAUGUGACAUCGUCAAGGACUACGCCUUCGUGCACAUGGAGCGGGCCGAGGACGCCGUGGAGGCCAUCCGGGGGCUGGACAACACCGAGUUCCAAGGCAAGCGGAUGCGCGUGCAGCUGUCCACCAGCCGGCUGCGGACGGCGCCCGGGAUGGGAGACAAGAGCGGCUGCUACCGCUGCGGGAAGGAGGGGCACUGGUCUAAGGAGUGCCCGGUCGAUCGCCCGGGGCAAGUGGCGGACUUUGCCGAGGCCUAUAACGAGCAGUACGGAGCCGUGCGCACUCCCUACACCGCGGGCUAUGGGGAGACCGUGUAUUACGAUGAGGCCUACGGCGGGAUGGCCGACUACUACAAGCGCUACCGCGUCCGCUCCUACGCCACGGCCUCGGCGUACGACGCCUACGCGGAGCAGACCAUGGCCCAGUACUCCCAGUACGCCCAGUACUCCCAGGUCCAGUCCUCGGCCAUGGCCGCCACCACGGCCAUGGCCGGCCGCAUCCCCACCACCUUAGACGCGUACGACCGAGCGCUGCUGCCCACCCCGGGCGCGGCGGCCGCCGUCGCCGCCGCCGCCGCCGCCACCGCCGCGGCCGCCGCCGCGUCCUCCACGUAUUACACCCGGGACAGGAGCCCCCUGCGCCGCACGGCCGCCGCGGCCAGCACCGUCGGAGAGGCGUACACGUACGAGCGUGGGCAGCUGUCGCCCGUCUCCUCGGUGGCCCGCGCGUCCCUCUACGACAUGCAGCGCUUCGGGCGGGACCCGUACGCGGACCGGGCGCGGUACUCCGCCUUUUGAGCCGGAGGUAAGAUUUGUGCGGCUGGACGUCGGGGUCCCGUCGCACACCGACUCGGCGCCGCGCGUCUCGGGCCGCGCCGGGUGCCACCGCCGCCGCGUGCCGCUCCCGGGCCCGUUCCUUACGGACGCGCGGCUUGUCCUCCGCCCGGGCAGGAUUAGCUCAGUCCCUCCCCCCAGCUUCCCCCGCCCCCCUGGGCAGGAUUUUGCUUUUCCAGGUAGUUUUGGGUCCCCACCCCAGGCUCAGGUGUGAGCGUGCAGCUGCAGCCGUCCCCCAGCACCAGCUUUGCUUUGCUUCGCCGCCCCCUCGCUCCCCCGGAGCUCUUUCCCAAGUCGUCGUUUUGCCUUUUUUCCUUUAUUUUUUAAGAGGGUGGAUAAUCCAGUGGUAGGUUUUUAGCCCAACGCCGUAGCUGAUCGGAGGCCGCCGCGCCGGCGGGGGUGGAACCCCCCGAGUGAUUUAGAGUCCCCCGACCCCACUUUCCGGUAAAAUAAACUCAAAAUUUUUAACAAACGGCGCUGGCUCCGCCCCCGGUUCUUUCUCUGUACUUGAGUCCCCUGAGAACACGGCACGGAACCUUCUGGACUCCCCGGUGCUGCCUGUGCCCUGCCUGGCUCUGCUGCAAAUGGGAGCACCCCCAAAAUAGUCCUGGCGCCCCCCAAAGGGGCACCCAGGGUUAACAAAGGGGCUUUAACCCCCAGCUCUUCCUCCUCAUGGGCAGCAGGAGCUGCCACUUAACCUGCCCAGGGCUAAUUAGUCCCUGGACCACCUUGUUUGUCCCCAGACUGGUUCAUUUUGUCCCCACAUUGGCUCGUUCAUCCCCAGAUGCCCUCCUGUCUCUCGGUGUUCAUUAAUUAAGGCCAUUAAGCCCAGGAUGUGCCUUUGGUGAUGUUGCCAGUUCUGCCUCGCAAGCGCCAAUCAAUGCCAUGGUCACCCGCGGGCGCUGCCAUCGCCACACCUGGGGACUCAAGGCCAGGGUGUGUGGUCACCCUGGGAAGGAGGGGUGAAGUGUCAGACCCUCCUGCCUGGCUAAUUACUGCGGUGGUUAAUGAGCACUGUGGCACAGCUGGGACUGGGCUGUGACCUGGCGAGAGAUGGGGACAGGAAGGACUUGUAGAACAGUCACAGUGGUGCCAGUGGUACCCAUAUUCCCUGGCAAGGCACACACCACCCCUCAAAACCAGCUUUUCUCACCCAAAACAAGCCCUGGCGCAGGUCAGUGCUGGUGAUCCCGUGCAGUGGUGUCGUGGCAGGGCCAAGUCUGGCACUUCUGCUGCCAGCUCUGAACACUGCUCAUCCUCCAAAUCUGCCUCCUCCGUAGUGGGAAAGCAGCUCCGGCACCGGGAGUGGCAUCAAGCCGGGCUGGGUGGUGAUGGUGGCACUGGGAGGUGUCCCCAGGGGUAGGAUGGACCCUGGGGACUGGGAAAGAACCAGGCGGGAGGCGUUGGGAACUGGAGCAGACCCCAGCGUUUAUUUACAGUCAUAAAAAAACCCCAGCACCCUGCUGGGCCCAACGCUGGAAACGGGGAAUUCGCCCAAAAAACGAGACAGUUCAUGGUAUAAAAGAGUCUGCACAGCCGCAACCAUUGGCGGGUUAUGAACUGGCACCGAGCGCCGGCGGGGGAUGAACCGCGCGGCCACUGCCAACCGUAACCUGGAACCUUCUAAAAAUCUCAAACAGCAAAACCAGAAAAAAUUGGCUGAAAAAAAGAA